AUGACGUCAAUUUACAAUAAAGGAAGAGUGUGCACUGUCUCUGGACGACCUUGUCUACCUCUCGAACCGGAUCUGACGGAUCUGAUGAGCAACAGUCGUGAUCCAAAACAGUUGUUAGAGGCGUGGGUAGGAUGGCGUGACGUCACUAGACCAAUCAAGCCGUUAUAUACUAAUUUUGUUAAUUUGAAGAAUAUAGGUGCUGUUGAAAAUGGUUAUUCGGACUACGGAGCGUAUUGGAGGGAUGAGUUGUUCGGGGAUACUCCAGAUCUGGAAGAAAUGGCGGCUAAAUUGUGGGUAGAAGUAGAGCCUCUUUAUACACAUCUCCAUGCCUACGUCAGAUCGAAACUACGAGAUUUCUAUGGCGACAAUGUUGAUAUUGAAGAGGAUGGUGGGAUACCAGCUCAUAUACUUGGAAAUAUGUGGGGCCAGAACUGGGCCGGUAUUUAUGAAAUAGUUAAACCUUAUAAUACCGUAGACACCAACAGGCAGGUGGAGGACAGACUGAAAGAGGAAUACGAUGUAAAUGGCAUGUUCCGUCUUGCAGAAGAAUUCUACAGUUCCAUUGGUCUAUAUAAUAUGACUGACAAGUUCUGGAAUAAUUCCAUGCUCUCUAAGCCUGCAGAUAGAGAAGUCCAGUGCCAUGCUUCAGCCUUUGAUCUUUACCAACCAGGUGACUUUAGAAUUAAAAUGUGUUCAGAAGUAAACUUGGACUACUUUCAAACAAUUCAUCAUGAAAUGGGUCACGUGGAGUACUACAUGGCGUAUGAAUCUCAACCAUUAGUGUACAGAAACGGAGCAAAUAGUGCGUUUCAUGAGGCGGUAGGAGACACUAUAGCGUUGUCAGUACGUAGCCGGAAACAUUUAGAGACCAUUGGAUUGUUGGAUGAAGACACCCUUGAUGACGAUGAAAGCGAUAUCAACACUCUAUUGCUCCAUGCCUUAAAUAAAAUCUCCUUUCUACCGUUUGGUUAUUUAGUGGACAAAUGGCGCUAUGAUGUGUUUAGAGGGGAGAUAACUCACCACGAUUACAAUGAAAAAUGGUGGGAUUUAAGAUAUGAAUACCAAGGUAUAAGUCCACCAGUUGAAAGAAAGGCGUAUGGAUUUGAUCCUGGAGCAAAGUUCCAUAUUCCUUCCAAUUCACCAUAUAUCAGUUAUUUCUUCAGUUUUAUUCUUCAAUUCCAAUUUUACCAGAGAAUGUGUGAAUUAUCUGGUCACCAGGGGGCGCUUCAUACCUGUGAUUUUUAUGGGUCAGAAGAGGCCGGUUCAAAAUUUAGAGAGAUGUUGGCAUUAGGCUCUAGUAUACCAUGGCCGGAAGCUUUAGAAAGAUUUACAGGCAGUAGAGAAGUGUCCGCUAAACCCUUACUGGAAUAUUUUCAACCUUUGAUGAACUGGUUAGAGGAAGUUAACGAGGAAAAUGAGUCGAUUGUUGGUUGGAAAUAA